ACUCACACACUCACAAUGGAAAGAUUAACCCAAUUAGCAUCGCACUUAACCACCGCCAAGGGCGUCAGUGCAAUCAAGCAGAAGAACGCUGACGAUGUUGUCAUUGUUGCCGCCUACAGAACCGCCUUGACCAAGGGUGGUAAGGGCUUGUUCAAGGACACUGCCUCCGAGGACUUGUUGAUCGGGCUUGUCAAGGGCUUGCUCGCCAAGACCCCUAACUUUGACCCAAAGUUGAUCGAAGACGUUGCAAUCGGUAACGUUUUGAACGGUGGUGCUGGUGCCUUUGAGCACAGAGCCGCCAUGUUGGCUGCCGGUAUCCCAUACUCUGCCGCGUUCCUUGCCAUCAACAGACAGUGCUCGUCUGGUUUGAUUGCCGUCAACGAUAUUGCCAACAAGAUCUUGACCGGCCAGAUCGACGUCGGUUUAGCGGGUGGUGUCGAGUCCAUGUCCAAGAACUACGGCCCUAAGAACGCCCCACAGUUCUCUGACCUCUUGCUCCGUGACAAGGAAGCGGUCAAGUGCGGUAUCCCAAUGGGGAUCACCAACGAAAACGUUGCUGAAAAGUACACCAUUGACCGUGCCACUCAGGACGCUUUCGCGGCCGCCUCGUACAACAAGGCUGAGAGAGCUGUCUCCCAGGGCUUAUUCAAGGACGAGAUUAUCCCGCUUCAGGUUACCAUCGAGGUCGAUAACGACUCCGAAGAUGAUGAAGCUGAUGACACCAUCAAGAAGACUGUUACUGUCGACACCGACGAGGGUCCACGGGCCGGUGUCACCGCGGCCUCUCUCGGGAAGAUUAAGGCAGCCUUCAAGAAGGACGGUACCACUCACGCCGGUAAUGCUUCCCAGAUCUCCGACGGUGCCGGUGCCGUCUUAUUGAUGCGCCGUUCCGUCGCCAUCAAGCACGGCUUGCCAAUUGUCGGGAAGUACGUCGCCACUUCUGCCGUUGGUGUUCCACCUGAGAUUAUGGGUGUCGGUCCAGCCUACGCCAUUCCACAUGUUCUUGCUCAGGCCGGGAUCUCCACCUCCGACGUUGCCGUCUACGAGAUCAACGAGGCCUUUGCCGCCCAGGCUUUGUUCUGUAUCGAACACUUGGGCUUGGACAAGUCCAAGGUUAACCCACGCGGUGGUGCCAUCGCCUUGGGUCACCCAUUGGGUGCCACCGGUGCCAGACAGAUUGCGACCAUCUUGAGAGAGUUGAAGACCGGCGAGAUUGGUGUUACCUCCAUGUGUAUUGGUACCGGUAUGGGUGCCGCUGCUGUGUUUGUUAAGGAAUAGUGCAUAGCAUGAGCCCGAGCCGGGAUAGCUUGUGAAUUUUUAAUUCUGUGUAUAUCAUUUUGUUUAAUAACCAGCUGUGCUGGAGAAAUAGCAAGGUUGUAGGUGGG